UACCUGUAGAUCCAAAAAGAAGAACUAGAAUUAUCUUUAGGAAAUUCAACAAUGAAAAACCUCAACUAGUUGGAGUUCUUGAAGAAACAUAUAAAACCACUUUCAGAGACAUUGACAGAGAUCUCUUUAACGCUGCGUUAAGUUUCGAUGAAGACGCUGCCAUGAGAGAUAUAGAAAUUUUUAUACAUAACGGAGCGAAAGUCAGUACGCCGUUUGCAAAAGGAAGGAAUGCAAUACAUGCAGCUGCUGAAGGAGGGAACAUAAAUAUAACUCAAUAUUUUUUAGCUUACGAUGAGACUGUCUCUAUAAAUUCUGUUGACAAUAUUGGAUACACUCCAAUUCAUGUUGCUGCUGAAAAUGGUAAUGAUGACUUUAUAGAAUUUCUGUUAGCAAAUAACGCCAAUGUGAAUGCAGAAUCUAUUGAUGGAUUGACGCCCUUGCAUAUUGCUGCUUCAAAAGGUUUUACAUCUUCAGUUGAAAUUUUAAUGAAAAAUGCAAAGAUUGAUCUUAAUAAAAAGCAAAAAGGAGGUUUCAGUGCCUUACACCAUGCAGUUGUUGGCGGAAUGUCUGUAACAAAAACUUUAAUUUCCAAUAAUAGAACUGACCUCAAUGUGAAAUCUGAUGAUGGUUUAUCUCCACUGCAUCAAUCAGUUAUAAACAGUUAUAUAGACAUUACCGAACUUCUUUUACGAAAAACUAGUAUUAAUAUAAAUGUUAAAGAUAAAAAUAACUUUACUCCUUUACACUAUGCAUCAAUUAUGGGAAAUGUACACAUAGUUCAUCUUUUAUUAAAGCACAGGGAAAUAAAUGUUAACGCAAUGUCUAAAGAUAAUUUGACGCCAUUGCAUUUCGCAGUGAUAAAUAAUCAAGCCAACGUAACUGUAGUAUUAUUGGAAAAUGAAAAAAUCGAUACAAAUGCAGUCGACAAAAACAAUUUAACAGCUUUACAUUUUGCUUCAAUGAAUGGAAAUCUUCAUUUUCUUGAAGUUUUGAAAGAACGACAAAAAUUUAAUAUAAAUGCACAAUCAAAUGAUUAUUGGACACCAUUACACUUUGCUAUCGCUCAUAAGAAUUCUGAAUAUGCUUUGCAACUGUUAAACGAUAAUAAUACUGACGUAAAUAUAGGUGGAGAAAAUAAUUUUACACCUUUACAUAUUGCAGCUAGAAGUGGACAAAUUAAAUUAGUUCGCAGACUUUUGGCAAAGAAUGCUACAAUAGAUAUUAAAACUUCAGAUGAUUUUACGGCACUUCAAUUUGCUGUGAUAAACGGAGAACAUAAAAUAAUGACAAUUUUAAUUGAUCACGGGGCAAAUAUAUUCGUAAAAACAUCUAUGGAUUUAAACCUUUUACACUUGGGUGUUUUUUUUUCAAAGAGUAAUUUGCAAACUAUUCAAUAUCUCAUAAAAAAGGGAAUCAACAUCAAAAUUAAAAAUCAAAUAAGUUCAAUAGAGGGCAAUGUUUUACAUUUCGCAGCUGAAGCUGGAAAUUUUGAGGCAAUAAAAUUUCUUACAGAACAGAAACAUAUAAAUAUCAACAGUAAGAAUAGUGCUGGUGAAACUGUUUUGCAUAUAGUUGCACAAAGUGGAAAUUUAUAUUUAUUCAAAUAUUUAGUGGAAAAAACUUCUAUGAAUCUCAACUCUAAAACUAAUGAUGAAGAAACUGUUUUGCAUUAUUGUGUUAAAAGUAAUAAUUUAAAAUUAGUAAAAUAUUUCACUAAACAGCCGAAUUUAAAAUCAUCCAUAUUGCACGCGCAAGAUAUAUAUCGUAAUACAGCAAUGCAUUUCGCUGCUGAUUUAGGAUAUCUAGACUUGGUCAAAUAUUUUAUAAACGAAAAAAUCGAUAUUAACAUCAGAGGCGCUUCAAACAAUACACUUUUGCAUUUUGCCACAGCAAGUGGUAAUUUUGAUCUAGUGAAUUAUCUUGUUGACGAAGGAGCAAAUCUAAAUGCAAAAGAUGACUGCAACAAAACUAUUUUAAAUAUAGCCGUUAACCACUACAAUUUAAAAAUAGCAAAAUAUUUUAUUGAAAAAGGCAUCUCUUUAGAUCAUCCAUUCAAUUUUACGAUACUACAUUCAGCUGUCGACCACAACGAUUUGGCCUUUGUGAAAUAUCUACUUAAUAAAAAAAUUAGUAUAAACGUUAAAGAUGUUUUGGGCGCUACUCCUUUACAUGUUGCCCUUGGACAUAGCAAAUAUGAAUCCAUGAAGUAUGCUGUAGAAAAUAUUUACGGUGUUUUGGGUUUGCUUUGUAUUCCAAGUUGGAUUGAUAUGUUUGAAAUGGAAGAUUUUUUGGAUAAUUUGAAAGAAAGUAAAAUACCUAAAACGUCUAUUGCGAAAUAUCUUAUAAGCAAGGGAGCUGAUGUAAAUAGUAAGACAUACCAAAAUGUAUCAGCUUUACAUUUGGCAACUGUAAGCAAUGCAACAGAUAUGACAAACUAUUUAAUAAAAUCAGGAGCAAAUAUUAACGUAAACGAUAUUGAAAAUGAAGCAGCUUUAAAAAUUAUUAAAAAUUUUAAUAAUAAAAUUGCUCAACUGGAAGAGGAGGCCAAAAACAGAACAAAACGAGAUGUUAAAAUUUCCAAGACAAAAACAUCAGUAAUAAUCGAGAAUUCUGAUUUAGAAGAUAAUUCUUUAAGUUAUAAUUUGGAAAAUGAAAAUUUAUUUCUCAAUGACAAAAAGUACAAUGAGAAUAAUGGAUUUACAAGCGGAAGCAGCAAAAUAUAUCCAUGGAUGUAUUCGACAGUAAAUAUGUUUGCAAAUUCAAUUCAAAGUUUUUCUAAAACUUUGUCUUGUAUGUGGAAAAAUUCGUUAGAUAAACCGACAUAUUUUGAGCCAACAUCUAUCGCAAAAACUCAAAAUAUCGAACUAAAUUCAACACUUUUGCUUGCAGACUUAUUUGUAAGAAAAGUAACUGGAAAGAAAUUGUGUGACCAUAGUCAAUCAAAAGAAUGUGAUGACUUCUUAAAAGAAAAGCAAAUAUUUGCUGUAGCUAUUACAAAAGAAUUCGAAACUAUUAUAAAACAGUCAGCCUUAAAUAACGGUAUUUCAAUACAUCGAUUAAAUAUUGACUUUUUUAACUUACAGCAACAUGUUAUCAAAGCUAUUACAGAUAUUAACAAAAUUGAUGAAAUAUUAAAGAUUGUACAAGCUUAUGUAAGAAAAUCCAUUUUCGACGCAAAAGUAGAAUAUUGCGGUAAAUUCUCCAGAAAGAAGAUAAAAAAUUUUAUAAAUGAAUUUUCUCAAAAUUUUUUUUUAAAAUUCAAUGAACACAAAUAAUGAUUUCUUCUGAGAAAAGAUUAUAAAAACAAAAAUAUAUUUUUUUAUAUGAUAUCGCCGGUAUUAUGGAAGGAUCACGAAACUGCUUUUUUGAGAGUUUUGAGUUAUGUAUACAAAAAAAUUCAGAAAUUUUUAAACUAUUUUUAU